AUGGUCCAUACCCAUCUCCUCAAAACCAACUUCUUGUCCCACGUCUACUCAGCCACCGCUCUCACGGACGCUUCCAUGAAGCUCAAUCUCAUGGAUGAUACACUCAAGGUGUUCGGCGAAAUGCCUCACCGAAACUUGACUUCCGUAAACACUGUGAACGGGUUGUUGCGUAAUGGACAUCACAGAGAGGCUUUAAAGGUGUUAAAGAGCGUUGGUUUUGGAGGGUUCAGCUAUGGGGAGUUGGUUUCUGCUGCAAAGUUGUUUGAACAUAUGCCUGUCAAGAUUGUGGUGAGCUAUAAUGCUUUUAUAACAGGGCUUUUGCAGAAUGGGGUUCCAAGGGUGAUGUUGGAUGUGUUUAAGAAAAUGAGAGCAUGUAGAGGUGAAAAUCCGAAUUCAGUGACAUUGGUUUCAAUUCUUUCUGCUUGUGCUAGUGUUUUGUAUCUCCGAUUUGGUAGGCAGGUGCAUGGUUUGAUCAUGAAAGUUGAGAGGGCGAUUGGUGCUAUGACCGGAAUAGUGCUUAUGAACACGUAUUCCAAAUGUGGAUGUUGGCAGCUCGCAUACCAAAUAUUCAAAGAAAUAUACGAAAAUAGGAGUUUUUUCACAUGGAAAGCCAUGAUUGCAGGAAUUAUGUUGAAUGCGCAGUGA